AUGUUGACCCAACAGCAGAGCAGUAGCAGCCAAAACAUGCUUUCCAUCAGACGCCCAUCCCAGAGUCCCACCGACAGCUUAUCCUCGCGAUAUCGCGCUGGAAAAGCGACAGCGUCCCACCGAGUGAAGAAGCCCGUCCGCGACUCUCCUAGUACUCCAUCGCGACGUCUCGACCGACGCCAGAGAACAGGCAGUUCCCCAGACAAGAACUCGUCAAGUACAUCAAUAGUCACCAUCUCCGUCGGCCCAGAACAGCGCCUCUUCGCCGCCCACGAAGACACCCUCUGCACAUCCCCAUUCUUUGCAGCCGCCUGCUGCCGAGCGCAAUCGCAAUCGCCAUCGCCAUCGCCAGGAUCGCCUCACAAGCGCAUCAGCAUCUCCUUGCCGGACGAGCAGCCUGAGAUCCUAUCCUGCAUCCUCGAAUACCUCUACAAGGGCGACUACACGCCCCGAGCCAUCUACAACCGGCACCGCGAUACAUGGGAGCUCGAGAACACCGGCCUCGACACAGACGGCCAAACCACCAACGCGACCAUUUUCCACCAGGCUACUGGCUCAGUGAUUCUGAGAGAUACAGCCGUUUACUGCGCCGCGCAAAAGUACGGCCUCGAGCCCUUGAAGCGCCUUGCCUUGCGGAAGCAGGGCCUCCACUCCGGUAUCCAGUGCAGUACCAUCCUGAGCAGCGCUCGCUACGCCUACGCCAACACCUCGGAUAACGAGUCGAAACUGCGCGCUCAUUAUCUGGCCCUGAUUAUCCGGAGCCGGUCGACGUUCAAGCGGAGCGGGACUAUGCAAAUGGAGAUGGAGAAGGGUGGGAAGUUAUUCUUCGACUUGUUUGUCGCGAUGUGUAAUCAUAUGGAUGAUCUCACAACUGCUAAGCCUUCUCUUGCUUAG